CGUGAAUUGUAUUAAGAUGAUAUUUCUCGAACACUCAUUCAAAUAGAUAUUUAAAUUACCUGUAACAUCUUUAAGAUUAUAUAAUCAUGUUAUGUUGCACAUUAUCGGGUCGGAUAUAAGCAAUCCUGAAGAUAAUAAUAAAAAUAAUCAUCGAGAACAAAAAGUUCACGUUGAAGAAAAUAAAUCAAAGCAUUCAAAUGAUGUUGAACCAACAUUACAUCCAAAUAAGAUAUAA